UCUCCUCAAAAUUCAUUCUUCCAAUCAUUCUUCCAAUUAUUCAUUCUUUUUCUCAUCUCUAUUUCUCAUUCGGGCGGGCCCAUCCAUCAUAUAACAACCAUAAUCAUCCAUGGCUAACUUUUCAAUAGCUCUGUUUCUUUUCACGUUUAUCCUCUUCAGCUUCUCAGAGGCUAGAGAGAUUUUAGUCGGAGGCAAAUCUAAUGCCUGGAAAAUCCCUUCUUCUCAAUCUCAAUCUCUCAAUCAAUGGGCUGAAACCUCUCGCUUUCGCAUUGGCGACACUCUCGUGUGGACUUACGAAGAGGGGAAAGAUUCGGUACUGAAAGUGACGAAGGAAGAUUAUGAAGCCUGCAAUACAGAAAACCCAGAACAGAGAUUCGAAGAUGGGAAGACGAAAGUGGAGCUAGAGAAGCCAGGGCCGUUUUAUUUCAUCAGUGGGGCAAAGGGUCACUGCGAGCAGGGCCAGAAGCUGAUCGUUGUGGUCUUGACACCUCGCCGGAGGUUCAUCGGGAUCUCUCCUGCGCCUUCUCCGGCGGAAAGUGAGGGUCCGGCGGUUGCUCCGUCUAGUGGAGCUGCUAAUUUGAAGGUUGGGUUUUUGGCGGUGGUUGUAGGAAUUUUGGGUGUUGGUGUUGGGUUGGUUUGAGGAUUGGGAACUGAUUGAUUGGUUUUUUUUUUUUUUUUUGUUUGAUUUAGAAAUGGAUGCAACUCCAUAUUGUUGGAUGAUUAAAAAAUUAUAGAUAAUAUAAUAUUCAUUGAUUUUU